CAUCAUUGUUCUAUUCAGUUUGGUUCGGAAACUUGAAAUUGAAAAGGAAAAUAGUAAAACGAAUUGGGUACGUCUGAAAAUUUAUCUUCACUGUCCUCUUGAGUUUGAUUUAGAAAAUUUGAUAUUGAGAAAGAAAGUAUUAAAUCGCAUUGGAAUUACUGAAGUGGUGCGAUACGAGAUAGAAGAGAGAUAAGUGUUAGUGAAAGUGAUUGUGUUUUGUUAGUGGAUAUAAGAAUAAAAAAAAAAUGAGGCAUCCUCAUUGAAGGAGUGUCCUUAAAAAAGGGUGGUAGAUGCGUGCACGCGUCAAGAGGACGUGUGUUCGCCGUCGUGGCACAGGACGAGGGAGCGAACUCGAUCUCGUGAACGGGGUCUAGAUUAUAGUGAUGAGGAGGAGAGAGUGAGGUAGGGGGUGAGAGCCUCGAGCGAUCGAGUGGGACCGGCCAAAGGAGUGCCGGUUUAGAGGGCUUUACAAUUUUUAGAAUUAGCCCCCAUCAAUAUGGCGGGCGCAGGCCUAUUCUUCAGCACCUGUGUCACCGCCCACAUUCUAUUGCUUCUCCUAUUUAAUCAGCGUCCAACAUUUGCCGAACAAGUCGUUCUCUUGGACACAACGACGGAGGAGAGCUUGGAAUGGACACGUUACCCCUACGGACCACAAGCGAGCACACCCGGCUGGGUGGAGGAGUCGUUCACCAACUUCGACAAGGGAAUCAACUGGAGGAGUUAUGUGGUUUGCGAUGUUGCCUACAAUAACGUGAACAAUUGGCUUUGGACGCCAUUUAUUGAGAGGGGACCCGCGAACCGGAUGUACAUUGAAAUUAAAUUCACGACAAGAGACUGUUCCCUAUUCCCGGGAAAUGCGCUUAGCUGCAAGGAAACAUUUAGUCUUCUUUAUUAUGAAUUCGAUGCUGCCACUAAGGAGCCACCGCCAUGGGAACCUGAUAGUUAUAAACUCAUUGGUCGAAUCGCAGCAGGCGAGGGUCGUUUCAAUACAAACACAGAAGUAAUAAUCAACACCGAAGUGAAAUCAAUUCCCGUGACCAAAAAGGGUGUUUACUUUGCAUUCCGCGAUCAAGGCGCAUGCAUAUCAAUCCUCGCCAUAAAAGUCUACUACAUAAGUUGUCCCGAGGUGUCAGUAAACUUUGCCCAUUUCCCCAAAACGCCAACAGGUCGCGAAGUGGCACUCAUCGAACAGGCAAAAGGCACAUGCGUCGCACACGCCGUGAAAAUCGAACAACCCACAUUUUUAUGCAAAGGCGAUGGCAAAUGGUAUCUGCCAGCCGGCGGUUGUCACUGUAAACCCGGCUUUCAGGCCGACUCCGAAAAACAACAAUGCAAUCAAUGUCCAAUUGGACGCUUCAAGCAUGAACCCGGUUCAAAUCAAUGUGAACCAUGUCCAGCGCACAGUAAAGCACCCGAUUAUGGUUUCACUGAAUGUCGCUGCGAUUCUGGCUAUUAUCGCGCGCCCGACGAUCCGAAGAAAAUGCCCUGCACACAACCACCAUCGGCACCACAAAAUCUCACCGUUAAUUUUGUCGAUCAAUCCACAGUUAUUCUCUCAUGGAAUUCACCACAUUUACUCGGUGGUCGUCUCGAUACGACAUAUCGUGUUGUUUGCGAUUCAUGCAGUUCGGGCGUUAAAUAUAUUCCCACCAAUACCGAGACAUUCAACGAUACAAAAAUUACCAUCACCGAUUUAAAUGCAGUGACGACAUAUCGAUUUCAAGUAUUCGCCGAAAAUGGCGUCUCGCAAUUGGUCGGCAAAAGUGAAUAUGUCGAUAUCACUGUGACAACUGAGGCGAGUGUACCGAAUUUGGUCAGUAAUGUCAGAAUUACAAGUGUCAAGAGUACGGAACUUAGUAUCAGUUGGGACGCGCCUGUUGCCGACAUUGCUGGCGAUAGUGAUCUGGUCGAACGUUACGAAGAGCCUCUCUUUUUAGUGAGAUGCUAUCCGCACACGAAUGACGCUUCGAAUGCAACUGUCAUUGAAACUUCGGAUCUCUCAGCGACUAUUAAGGGUCUCAAGCCAGGAACCGAAUACGCUUUUCAAGUUAGAGCUAAAACUACCAGAGGUUGGGGCGAGUACACGCCGGUCGUUUACAAAAAGACACCCCAUGCAAUGGGACUCGAUUAUGUUGGUGACGAGGACAAUAUGCAGGUGCGGAUCAUUGCCGGAGCAAUUGUCGCUGUUGUCGUUCUUCUUGUCAUUAUUAUUAUUAUGACUGUUCUCUUCCUCAGAAGCAGGGCCUCUGACGAAUGCAACAAGAAGCAGCCAAGCGAUUGCGACACAUUGGAAUACAGAAAUGGCGAAGGACUAGUUGUGACCUACAUGCACUGCAAAAUGGACAGUUCACCGAUUGUGACAACCCACACAAAUAAGACGAAAUCGUCGUUGACAACGCCUCUCUUCACACCUGCAGUGGGAGUCGCUGGCGCGGGUGCUGGUGGUGCAGGGGGCGCGAGCUCCAGGAGUUACGUUGAUCCUCACACUUACGAGGAUCCAAAUCAAGCAGUUCGUGAAUUUGCCCGUGAAAUUGACGCUGGAUAUAUCACGAUAGAGGCAAUUAUAGGUGGAGGUGAAUUCGGUGACGUGUGCCGUGGAAAAUUAAAAUUACCACCCGACGGUCGAUCGGAAAUUGACGUGGCAAUAAAGACAUUGAAGCCGGGCUCAGCCGAUAAGGCGCGCAACGACUUCCUGACUGAAGCAUCGAUAAUGGGUCAGUUUGAGCACCCCAAUGUGAUAUUCCUUCAGGGGGUGGUGACCAAGAGUAAUCCAGUGAUGAUUAUCACUGAAUUCAUGGAGAAUGGAAGUCUCGAUACAUUUUUACGCGCAAACGAUGGUAAAUUUCAAGUUCUUCAACUUGUUGGAAUGUUGCGUGGCAUUGCAAGCGGUAUGCAGUAUCUCGCCGAAAUGAAUUAUGUGCAUCGUGAUCUUGCCGCGAGAAAUGUCCUCGUCAAUGCUGCUCUAGUAUGCAAAAUUGCCGAUUUUGGCUUGAGUCGCGAGAUCGAGAGCGCGACGGAGGGAGCGUACACGACAAGGGGUGGAAAAAUCCCUGUACGAUGGACAGCGCCUGAGGCAAUAGCGUUCAGAAAAUUCACAAGCGCAUCCGACGUUUGGAGUAUGGGUAUCGUCUGUUGGGAGGUUAUGUCAUAUGGUGAGCGGCCAUAUUGGAACUGGUCUAAUCAAGAUGUGAUAAAGUCCAUUGAAAAAGGCUAUCGACUACCAGCGCCAAUGGACUGUCCCGAAGCAAUUUAUCAACUAAUGUUGGACUGUUGGCAAAAGGAGCGUACACAUCGGCCUACAUUUGCUAAUUUAACGCAAACACUUGACAAAUUAAUACGCAGUCCCGAUACAUUGAGAAAAAUCGCCCAAAACAGUGUGAGGCCUCCUGCACACAAUCCAUAUUAUGUGACAAGUCAAAGCGCGGCUGCCCACGCUGCACAGGUGGCAAUUCCAGGCUCAGGCUCAAGCCAGUUCGUAGAGGUAGUGGGCCAUCAGGCCCAAUCAGCGAUUGCCGUUCCAGUAAUGCCAGCAGGAGCCGGCCGUACUUUACACUAUCACACACACGCGGCAACACACGCACUUCCACAUCAGCCACCCCUCACUUAUCCCAAUUGGGUUCCCUUUACACACUUUGGCUAGUAUCAACCAAUAUCUGUCAUCAAACUUUCAAAAUCGAGUGUUUUUUAAUCUUUUACAAAUUUUUUUUUUUUUUAUUAAUAUUUAAAUAAUGCAUCAUUUUUAAAACAUUAAAUUUAAAAAAAUCUCGAUAGCGCUAAAAUUUGAAAUUUUGAUUAAAUUCGAAUUUUUUAACACUUCUGUUUUUGAAUUUUAAAUAAAACUACAUAAUUGAAGCGCUUAGGAAUUAAUUAACAAUAGAAUAUUGAAGCGUUUUAAUUUAAAAAAUGGAAAAAAUCUCGGCAGCGCUUAAAUUAAACAAAUUUUGAUUAAAUUUAAAUUUUCGAGCGCUUCCGCUUUUGAAUUUUAAAUUAAACUACAAAAUCAAAGCGCUUAGGAAUUAGUGAAUAAUAAAAUAUUGAAGCGUUUUAAUUUUAAAAUAGAAAAAAAUUUCGGCAGCGCUCAAAUUUUUAUUUUUUAAAUAAAUUCAAAUAUUUGAGCGCUUCUGUUGUUGAAUUUUAAAUAAAACUACAAAAUUGAAGCGCUUGGGAAUUUAGAACAAAAAAUAUUUAUGUCUUUUAAUUAAAAAAAAAAAAAAAAUUCGGCAACGCUCAAAUUUUUAUUUUUU